GUUUAACUAUACUGUAAAGGGUGUUGGAGAUGGAAACCGUUAGUGGUUAUCUUGUGUUGACAUUUUUUUUCAUCUUUUGCCUCAUAGUUAUUUAUUUAGGUUUUACAAUAUAAAUCCUACCGUUUUAUCGAUUUUUUCAUUAAAUUCUUCUAUUUGACGGUAAGGUAUAGUAUAUUAUUUUUUUUUUAUUAUUACAAGGGAAAUCCCUUAAGAUGGCAAACCUUGACCCCUCUUAACAGUCGACAAACUCAUAAAAGCAAUUCAGUCUUGCACACAGUUCUAUCAAUGACCACCAAGAGAUAACCACCUGAAUCAAACAUGCUCAUUUACUAACUUCACCAUUCCUUAGUGGUUAGUAUAAUAUAUUUCAGUAACAAAAAAAUGUAAAUAUUAUAUCAAGAACCAAUGAAAAUAUCGCGUCAAAAAUUAAGUUAUUGAAAUGAAGUCAGAAAAAUUCUAACCUUCCAUAUAUGUGGUCCUACAUAUAAUAUAACCAACGUUCUACCCAUCGUUCUCACCCCACCAGGAAAAAUGCAUCAAGCUCAUUCAUUCAAAAGAAUAAGAGAAAGGCGGGCUUACCAUGUGAAGGGGUUACUGAAGAUGCAGGGGAAGGAAAUGCUCUGGCUUAUGAAACAGGGGCAGAGGUGAAUGAAGAAAAAGACACAAUGGAGGAUGAAGAAGAUGUGGAAAUCCCACCAGGCUACGGACCUGGUGUUGCUGAGGUAUUGGUGGCUCAAUCCAAGCCACCUGAGAAUCCAUGAACUACUUAGCAUUGAACUGUAGGGGAUUUGGACAAGAACCUACAGUUCGUCAGUUGCGAAAGAUGGUUAAUCGACAUAGACCAUCGAUCGUAUUCAUGUCCGAGACAAAGAAAAAAGACUCCUAUAUGGAGAAGAAAAGGAGACGAUUACGGUUUGCGGAGCAUCAUUAUGUGCCACCUGUUGGCAGGGCAGGUGGAUUAGCAUUAUGGUGGGUGCAGGGUUUGCCACUUCAUGUUUUGGACUGUAAUAGCUUCUUUAUUGAUGCGUUUGUAGACUUAGGCGGAGGUUUCUUUGUAACUUUUGUUCAUACUCCUUCAAAUGCUGCUGCUAGAAGGGAAAUUUGGGAUAAACUUAGUUACCUAAGGGAUCAUAUGGAGGAUAGAUGGUUGAUUAUGGGGGACAUGAAUGCUAUCUUGUACGUGGAGGAGAAGAGGGGUGGAGGAGCCCUCAGGAAUGACUCUGUAACCCCUUUCAAAGACUUUAUUGAAGAUACGCACUACUUGAUAUUGGCUAUAAUGGGUACCCCUUUACUUGUGUGAACAAGCAAGAGAAUCAAGGAAGAAUUGAAGAAAGGCUUGAUAGAGUACUAUGUUCAGCAUCUUGGAGAACACUCUAUAGUGAUGCGAUUUUGUUCCAUGAACUUAAAUUGGAAUCUGAUCACAGCCCCUUAAGACUGCAACUUCAUGGGACCAGUGGACAAAAUCGAUGCCCUUUCCGAUUUGAUGCACGUUGGCUGCAAAGAGAAGAAUGUUAUGAGAUUGUUAAUCAUACCUGGAACUCUGGUGGUUCUUGUGAGGAAAGACUUAUGAAAUGUGAAAAAAGAGCUGAAGGCAUGGGCGAAACAAGUCUACAAGGAUCAAACCCAAAGAGCUACUUCUAUCCAGAUUAGACUAAAUGAAAUCUUAGAACUCCAGCCUAAUCCUAUGCUCAUUCAAGAAGAAAAAGACCUCAUGACUGAACUUGAAGCUAUAUGGAAAGAUGAGGAACUAUUCUGGAGCCAACGAUCGAGAGUUAGUUGGCUUAAGGAAGGGGACAAAAAUACUAAUUUUUUCCAUACCUCGACUGUGCACCGCAAGCAAAGGAACAAGAUUGCUUCACUCAAGGAUGAUCAAGGUAACAUCAUCAUCCAACAAGAAGAGAUUGCAGACCAUGUCUCUAAUCAUUUCCAAUCCCACUUCACCAAAUCUACUCCAGCGCCUGACACUUGCAUCCUCGAGGACUUUCCUAAGCUUGUAACAGAUGAAAUGAAUUUUGACCUGUGCAAACCCCCUACUGAGGAAGAAAUCAAGUCUGCUGUGUUUGAUCUUGGACAAAAUAAGUCCCCUGGCCCUGAUGGUUUUGCGGGUCUCUUCUUUCGUAAAUUCUGGACCAAAAUCAAGGGCGAUUUAUGUACUGAAGUUAUAGAUUUUUUCUCCUCUUCCAUAAUGCCAGAAGGGUGGAACAUUGCACUCAUCCCCAAAGUCCAAUCCCCAGAAUCGGUGUGUCAAUUUAGCCUGAUCAACUGUUGCAACUUCAGGUAUAAGGUGAUCUCCAAAAUCAUGACCUCAAGAUUGAAAAUAUGGAUGUCGUCCCUUGUGUUGGAUACUCAAACUGCCUUUACUGGAGGGAGAAUGAUCCAAGAUAACAUUAUUUUAGUCAAUGAAAUCCUCCACAAUUUCAAGAACAGAAGGACCAGUGGUAAUUGGGAUAUGAUGAUGAAGCUUGACAUGAGGAAAGCUUAUGAUCUUGUUGACUGGGACUGUCUGGAGGCCAUCCUCCAAGCUUACAGUUUUGAUGGAAAAUGGAGAGGUUGGGUCAGCCAAUGUAUCAGUACUGUUAGCUUCUCUGUCCUGCUUAAUGGUAAUCCCACAGAGUACUUCUCCCCGACAAGAGGAAUUCCCCAGGGAGACCCGCUUUCCCAUUUCCCCUUCAUCAUUAUGUCUAAUGCCCUCUCUUUCCUCAUCAAAAAAGGGGUUCAAAAGGGUGAUAUCCAAGGCAUUAAGCUCAACCAAAAUUGUCCAACCGUUUCUCAUUGUCUCUUUGCGGAUGACACAGUUAUUUUUGGAAAAGCUAGCAUGAGAGAAAACAUGCUAAAGACGCCCUUAAAGGAGGAAUGAUCCGAGUGAUCAUGUCUGGCGAUGAUACCGACUUUCAUCGAGAUCCUUGGAUCCCUGCCUUCCCCUCCCACUCGUUAUCUUGCCUCAACCUCCUCCCGUCGCAAGUCAGUAACUGGAUUCAGCUGAAUGAGAGAGCAUGGGAUUAGGGAUGGCAAAAAUAUCCGUAACCGUGGAUAUCCACCCGGGUCCGGCCUAAUCGGGUAGGGUAAAACCCGAACCCGAAUAUUGUUGGUAAUGGGUGGGCAUGGGUUUCUCACUAUCAAACCCAAACCCGCCCAAUUAUACACAUACAUAUGUAUUUUAUCUAUAUAUAAUUAUUAUUUUUCUCUAACAUAUUUUAUAUUUAGCAAAUAAAUAUAAUAUUUUCAU